AUGAGCACCAAAGGUGUUUUCGGCCUGACCGGCCGCGCCCUCGAGAAGCUCCAAGUCGCCCUGGUCGUAGCCCCAGCCUUCAUCCUUUUCGGCUACAAUCAAGCUGGUCUCGGUGGCCUUCUUACCGAACCUGACUGGGUGAAAACCUUUCCGGAGAUCAACACCAUAAGCGGACCCAACAAGAGCUAUCAUUCGACGAUCCAAGGUGUGGUGGUUGCUACAUUCGUUAUCGGCGCGCUCUUCGGAGCAUUGUCGUGCUCCUACACGGGUGAUAAAUUUGGACGCCGCGCUGUUGUUCUGGCUGGAGGGAUUUGCACCCUUGUGGGGGAAAUCCUUGAGUGCUCUGCUUUCCAACUGGCUCAGCUCAUCGUCGGUCGCAUCAUCAUCGGCCUGGGUAUUGGACAGUUGAGCGCCACGGUGCCAGUCUGGCAGAGCGAAACCUCGGGAGCGAAGAAUAGGGGCAAGCAGGUCAUCGUCUGUGGUAUUUUCAUGUGCCUGGGUUACACCCUCGAGUCUUGGAUCGACCUCGGCUUCUUCGAGCUAGAGGGCCCAGUAACCUGGCGUGCACCCAUCGCAAUCGCUAUUGCUUUCUCUCUCAUUCUCAUCGCUUCCGUCUUCCUUUUCCCCGAGUCGCCGAGAUGGCUUGUUCGCCAGGGCCGUAUCGACGAAGCACGUAGUGCCAUCACUGUGCUUAGGGGCUAUAGCGACGAGAAUGCUAUGGAGUUGCAGGCCGAGUUGACCGGCAUCGAACUUUCACUCGAGGAGUCGAACGGAGCUUCACUUAAGGAUAUGCUUAGCAUGGGGGAGGAUAAGCUUCUGUAUCGCUUUUGCCUCUGCAUCAUGCUUCAGUUUUAUCAGCAGAUGUCCGGUUCCAACCUCAUUUCUGUUUACACUACCAUCUUGUUUCAGCAAAACCUGGGCAUGAGCGGGGAGCUAUCGCGGGUGCUCUCCGCAGGCGCUCUCACGUGGAAGUUUCUCUCCUCCUUCAUUGCCUUUGUUUGCAUUGACCGUUUUGGUCGUCGCGCGGUCUUCAUCUACAGUGGCAUCGGCAUGUGCAUCUGCAUGAUCUGCUUGGCAAUUUGCACGUCGAUGGAGCAGCAUUCCGCUCAGAUUGCGGCCGCCUUCUUCAUCUACCUCUACAACUUCUUUGUCCCGGUCGGAUUUCUUGGUGGAAACUUCCUCUAUUGUACCGAAGUCGCGCCCAUCCGCCUUCGCGUCGCAAUGUCCUCCAUUUCAACGGCGAAUCACUGGCUCUGGAACUUCGUUGUCGUAAUGGUGACGCCCAUCGCUCUCAAUACCAUUGGGUGGAAGUACUACUUUGUCUACGCCGCUGUCGCUUUCUGCAUUCCUAUCUCUGUGUAUUUCCUGUUUCCUGAGACGAUGGGAAGGAACCUCGAAGAGAUUGAUAUGAUGUUCCGCGAGAGCCCGUCUGUUCUGGCUACGCCACGCUUCGCAAAGACCAGACCGAUUGCCAUGCCUCAAGAAUACGUCAAUGAGAAGAGCGGUGUUGAGCACCAUGGAAGUGAUUUGGAGAAGUAA